UUUUCAAAAGUUAAAGUAGUCUAGAAGGAGCGCUGACCUAAAUUUUGCGUAAAACUUUAGGACAUUGGAAUAUAUAUAAUUAAGAACAUUAGUUUGGAUACAUCACAUUUAAUGUUCUGUGAACACAAAAUGAUUUCAUGGUUGGCAGUAGUAGUCUUUAUUUGCUAUAUUAAUAGAGGAUUAAUCUUUGCAUAUACGCUGCAAGAUGAACAGACUCUUCACUCUGCCUUACUCACCGGAUACAAUACGGGUCUUCGGCCGGGAAUUGAUAGAACCAUUCCUUUGACUCUAAACAUGACAUUUCUUUUGUUUUCCAUUAAGGAAUUUGACAUGAGCACUGGUGAAUUUUCUGUGACUGGGGUUUUUGUUCUGAACUGGAUAGACGAGAGACUUUCUUGGAAUCCGGCAAGUUACAACCAAACAAAUACGACAGUCAUCUCACAGAGUCAGCUGUGGCUUCCAAAUCUCAUCAAUGUUAACCCGUUUGAAGAUAUAACUGGUCUUCGACACGACGAACUAUCUAUUAUUGUAGACUACACUGGACUCUGUACUUGGUUUGCUAUUGAAACAUUUGAAAGUGUGUGUUACACUGAUGUCACUAAGUAUCCAUUUGACACCCAAGUCUGUAGCAUAAAGUUCUAUGUUUGGGGAUAUUCAUACAAAGAUAUUGACUCCACAUUUGUGUCAUCAAAAGUCCUUCUCACACUGUACACUGAAAAUGGAAUAUGGGAGGUACACGAUUCAGCAACGUACACGCAGAUGAAUAUCUACAAUGACAAAGAAAUUAUAGUCGAACUAACCCUUGAACGCAGAACUUCAUAUUAUAUUGUAAGCUUGAUACUUCCGUUAGUUUUUAUCACGUUUCUGACGAGUUUCGUCUUCCUUCUACCACAAGAUUCAGGAGAGCGAUUAGGAUUUUCCCUUACAGUUUUACUGUCGGUUGUUGUGUAUCUCACAAUCAUUCAAGACAUUCUGCCUGAGGCAUCAGAACCUCAUGUGUCCAUCCUUGGCAUUUUCCUGUCCAUUUUUGUCGUCAUGGGAUCACUUGUAGUUAUUGUAGUCAUUAUCAACCAGCGUAUUCAGAACCAGUGUAGUCAAAAAACGGUACCCAAGUUCAUUAACCGACUCAUCUUUUUUGUACGAAGAAAGGAUAAAGAUAUGGUAGAGCCCUUGGGUUCAAAGAUAGAAAUAGAUUACAGGGAUGAAGAUAAUGUACUGACAUGGUCUGAAGCGGCGAAUGAUCUUGAUUUAAUUUUCUUCAUAGUUUCGCAAGUUGUGUUUUGUAUUCUGGGUAUAUGUUAUUUCCUAAGUGUUUUGACUUAGGCUGUUCUUUUCUGUUUUCUUAAAAAACCACAGAUAAGACUAUAUCUUACGUGAUGAAACCUAAAUUUGAAAGCAGUCUCCGAAAUAGCAUCGAUGCGUUAUUACUAUAAUAGUAUUAGGUUACUUAUUCAAUAUAUUCAUGAUAUUAUUUUAAAUAUUUAUGUUUUGUGAACUUUUGGGGAAUGUCAGAGGUAAAUUCUGGUUUUGUGUGUUUAAGAGUAACUUAUAAUUGACUUAAAUAUAUAUUGUAUAUGUACAAUAAUAGCUUGAUUUGAUUAAAAAAAAAGAUCAAUGCAACUAAUUAUUAUUUUCCUUCUUCUUUCUGGAUAGUUUUUUCUUUGUUACACAGGCCAACAAUUAAAACAGCAUUAAUCGAAACAGAUUAGGAAUUAUGCGUUUACAUAAAUAAAACCUUAUGGUAUAUAACAUAUGAGUCUGUAAAACAUAUUUUUUAGUUGAAUGUUUGUUCGAUCAUUAUUUUUCUAAUGAAUUCAGUUACAUUAAAGAAGUCAGAAAGGUCAAAAUAUGAAUGGUAAAGGACAUUUACCAAUACAAAGAUUGGUGCAGAUUUGUUUGCUAUAAAGAUUGUAAAAUUGUUUUGUUUCAGACACCAAUUAUCUCUAUGGAUGAUAUCAUUAAAUAAUCAUUAAAGAAAUAUCAUUACAUUGAGGUUGUGUAAUAACAAUUUUGAACUUAUCCAUACAUUGCUAUUUCUCUGGCGUUAAUAAUAUAUUGUUGGUGUUUAAAUAGAGAUGAACCUUUA